AUGGAAGAGCUUCAGAGGGAGACCAUGGAGAUGGCACAAUUGGAAGUCGACGAGUCCGAGGAAAAGGACAAGAACGGACAGGACAAAGAGAGCAACCCACCAGCACAGCAGCAGGAAAACCCCCCUAGCUUUAAAGACCUUCCGCAAGAGCUUAAAGACAUCAUUUGGACGUACGCUCUGAUUGCAGAGGCCCAACGGACAAUCGUGGUUGAAGAUCACCAGGGCCUAGUGCCGAGCGUGCAGCUGAUAUCCAACAUUUCGUUGGUGAACUCCGCAUCCAAUAAACUUGCUAAAACGUUUUACAAUAUAGAACUCGAUGUUUUCGCUUGUGUGAGAGAAUCAACAGAAAUGAGACCGGAGCCCGACGGCGAGGCCAAAGGGGUCCUCCGUCUCAACUUUGAGUACACCACCUUGUUGACCGGGUUCAAUCCAAUAUGGUGGGACGAACUGAUUUUCGCCAUUAAUUACGGCGAAUUAGACAAUAUCCAGCAAAGGCUUCAGUGGCAAUACCUAGACUGGUCGGGGUACCGUCCCCCAUAUAAGAUAAGUGACAUGGCGCUCUGGAUUACAAGAAGCCACAUCACCGCGCCGCCCACCACAGAACAGAUGAAUCAGGUGAAACGUGUCUACGAUCUUCAGAUGCUUGACAGUGAGGAGGACCUAGACUCACACCAGCCGCCAAAGUGCUGCUAUCAAUGCGAAUGGCUCCGUGAACGGCAACGGCAUUGCCCAUUGGGAUUCAGAGAGAACGAAGAUCCGCCCGUUCCGAACAUGUGGCUCUGCCGGCUUUUUAUUGCUGACGUGGAAUACAACCCUGACGAUCUGAUCCGCGACUACGCUGAAAUUCGACCAGAUGCGUUGUGGGAGAAAACGAAGAAGAGGCUGGUGACGUGCUGGGACUUUCCCCUCCGCGCCCUCGGUGACGACUUUGAGCCCGUCUUGGAAACUGAUGAAACUUGGCAAACUACCAGAGAACAUUCUGAGAAGACCAACAACGAUCCCUCAGACAUCAAUACUUGA